CACCAUCAUCGAGGAGCAGAGAGGACAUUCCAUUGCAGAGAUGGCACCAAAAAGAGCAAGAAGAGGCUCUCGUGCUUCUAGAGGAGAUACAGAGAGUGUCCCCGGAUCACAAGUACAAGAGCGGGAAGAAGAGACUGACCAAAUAAUCCAGCAAGAGAAUGGACAAAAUGGCAAUUCUUCCAAUGGCGCAACACACAACCAAGAACAAGAUGAUGACCCAAACCACGUAAAGAUCAUGCUGGCAACGGACAAUCAUGUAGGUUACAUGGAACGUGAUCCUGUUCGUGGAUCUGACUCUAUCAAUACUUUUCGCGAAAUUCUUCAAAUGGCGAAAGAUCAUGACGUGGACUUUAUUUUGCUUGGAGGUGAUUUGUUUCACGAGAAUCGACCUUCACGUACUACUAUGCAUCAAGUGAUGGGCGCUUUGCGAGAGUUCACGCUUGGCGACAAGCCGGUAUCGAUUGAACUGCUGAGUGAUCCCAACGACGGUAAACCUGAAGGAUACCAAUUCCCGGCGGUCAAUUACGAAGACCCAAACCUCAACGUUGCUAUCCCAGUGUUCUCUAUACACGGCAAUCAUGAUGACCCACAAGGUGUAGGGCCAGAAGGCGCUCUUUCAGCUGUUGAUUUGUUGUCCAUUUCUGGUCUGAUGAAUUACUUCGGAAAAGUAGAGCUUCCAUCUGCCGAUGAUGUUGCGAAGAAAGGUUCAACACAAGCGCCUGCUAAAGGUGGUCUGUCUGAUGUUGGCAUUCGAAUUCGUCCGGUUUUGCUGCAAAAAGGAGAUACAAAGAUUGCACUUUAUGGAAUGGGAAACAUCAAAGAUGAAAGGAUGAAUUUUGAAUUGCGCUCAAAUAGAGUGAGAAUGUAUCGACCAAGAGAGGAUCCUGAUGAUUGGUUCAACAUUCUUGCUAUUCAUCAAAAUCGAGCAGCUCACAACCCAAAAGCUACUGUACCAGAGGGCAUGUUUGAUGAUAGCGUUCACUUGGUCGUUUGGGGCCACGAACACGAACAGCUCAUCAAGCCACAGUCUGUUGGUGGAAAGCGCUAUUUGAUCAGUCAACCUGGCAGCAGCGUUGCUACCAGUCUUUGUCCAGGUGAAGCAGCUGAGAAACAGGUUGCGAUCAUCCACGUGAAGGGCCGCGACUUUACCAUGGAGCCGCUUACACUCAAGACAGUACGACCGUUCGUGAUGGACGAGGUGGAUUUGGACGAAAUUGUAGAUCAAGCGAAUUUACGGAUUGAUGAUAAGCAAGGUGUGACGAAGCUCUUGAAACGCAAAGUGAAAGAUCUCAUCGAACAGGCAAAUCAAGAAUGGGACAGCAAGCACGCAAACAUUCCGAUCGAUGAGCAACCAGAACGCAUGUUACCACUCGUCCGUUUACGUGUUCUUUACACUCGUCAUGAGAUGGGCAAUCUGGUUCGGUUUGGUCAAGAAUCUACAGAGAUUGUUGCUAAUCCGAGAGAUUUACUGCAAUUCAGCAAAAAGAAGACGGAAAAUGCUUCUAGAAAGAAUGCUGGCAAUACAGAGGAUUAUCUCGAGCCCACUGACGAUAUGCUUCCUUCAGAGAAGUUGGAGAAGGUCAGUAUGAGCGAUCUCGUUCGCACGUAUUUGGCAACACAAUCUUUACACAUCCUCAAUCCGACCGGCCUUGAACGUGCGGUGAUGAAAUUUGUUGAAAAGGACGAUAAAGAUGCCAUUGGUCGGUUUGUCGAGAAGGAAUUACGUUCCACGAAUUCCAAUUUAGUCACAGGCAAUCCGGAUGAACAAGCUUUGGAUGCAGAAUUGGAUCGUAUUCGAGGCGAAAAGAAUCGCGCUGCUGAUGACGAACGUGCGGCGAAUGAUCAAAGCGAUGAUGAUGGCGGACCGAGAAGGGGCGGCACAAACGAAUCUGACAAUAGCUCAUUGGGUGACUUUGACAUCCCUGAUCCUGCAGUUGCUAAAAAGUCUACUGGUCGAUCCACAACUACUACUCGCGGCGGUCGUGGAGGUGGCCGUAAAGCGACUGCUGCCCGAUCACCGCAGACUCAACAGAUUGAUGAGGACGAUGAACCGCCAACUCCUGCCCCCAAAGCAAGUUCUCGAGCAGCAGCUUUGGCUGGCCCACCUAAAAAGAGUACAGCUAAAGCUUCGAAACCAGCAUCUUCCCGAGCAGCAGCCUUGGCAUCGACCAGUUCAGGCCGUCGUACGUCUGGUACCCGCGCAGCAGCACGUAAAGCUACAACCCGUCUUGCAGGCGAUGAUGUAGAGGAAGAAGACGGUGAUGAUGAUUUCGAGAUGGUUGAGUAGAGAAGAGGGGGUGGGAAAGAAUGACUGUAAUUGUACCUGUAAAAACAAAGACUGUCACACAUUGUACACUAAACACACGAAUAAUAAUCGAAAAG